UUUUCUGACUGUCUCGACUGCGGAAUUCGGGAACGUCUGUAGAACGUUCAAUGGAAAUAGCGUCUCGUGAGGAGAAGACGACACGGAUGGAAAGAUACACAAGGCUGGCUAUGUCAAUAUUUACCAGGUUGCACAACGCAUAGCCAUAUCUCCUUCCGAUAAUGACACGGUUGACACCCCCUCGAUGCACUGGGGAGAUAGCGACAAGUCCAGACUUUCUCCGCCUUGCAACUGAACCUGACAACCUUGGCAGGGCAAAAAGAGUCCGCGAAGAGCCAUACGCGUUCUUGGAUGGUUUACUGUCAACCGAGGCCCUCGUUCUCAAGCAUAACAUGGAGGUUAACCAACAUAUCGUGAUGAGAAAUAUAAUGCUCGUUAUCUGGUCUCAGACCAAAUUACUAAGAUAA